GCCUCCCUCCCUCGUCAGUCAUGAUUCUUGCAUCCCAGCGUGGCAGGCUGGCAGCGAUUGCAAUUGUGCUGUAAUUCUGAAUCCCCCACGGUCUGAAUUCUCAACUAUCUUGCGUUAAAAAAAAUUGCGUUCAACUGUCCACUUUAAUUAAGACAAACCUCAUUUGGUUAAUAAUGACAGUUCCGAUUUUAAUUGGAGAGCCACUGACUCAUUUGUGGUCUCCAAUUCUCAAAUCGGUUCAACUGUACAUGCUGACCCCUGUACUUACUGAAGCCUGAAAAUUGCUCCUGGCAUUGCAUCGAGAGAUAGCUUGAUGGUAGCAGUGUAUUCUGUGCCGGAGUUUCGUUUUGGUGAGAUACACAUAGCCCUUGACUGGGACGAUGCUGCUCCGAGCUCAGUUUGCAGGAAAUGGAGGGCGUUGACCUCGGACGAUGAGCUGUGGCGCAAGCUGUUCAGCGACAGGUGGGGCACGGACGCCGCGGCGUUCUACGCGCCGGAGGGCUCCAAGUCCUGGAAGGACGUCUUCGUCGUGCAGGACCGGUGCGAUCGCUACGGACUCGUCUGUUGUUGCCAAUUGCCACCAGCACUCAGCAGCUUGUGCUCCUGCUGCUGCUGUACACCAACAGUUCCGGCAUGGCCUGCAUCUCCUUUUGUUCGGCAUGUGCAUGCGUGUGACUUGCCGUGUGAUCGUGCCACGUUCUUCUCAGGGGUGUCAGGAUCAUCAGGGAAGGGAAGGACUACUACCUGAUCUACCAGGGCGAGAUCCAGCGGUACCUGGGCUCGCGCCAGGACACGGAUGGUGAUGGCGGCAAGGACGCGCCGCGGCAGGACGCUGACGACGACGAGCAGCGGCAGAUAGCGAACCGGAUCCUGUUCUUCCUGGGGGAUCUGGAGGCGGCCUGUGCGGACGCCAAACGUGUCAAGGCGUGAUCGUGAACGCAUUUAUCCUGUGCGGCUCUCCAGAGCACAUUGCCGCCGCCAGUGUAUGUUGCAUAAUUGCAUAGCUCGUGCAUAGUUUUGUUCUGUACUACAUGCAUAGUGCUUCACCCUCAGUUUAUUUGUACAAAAUCAUGUACUCAUGUGAUUCACCCUGUGUAAAGUCGAGUUGAUCA